AAUUUUGUAAAAAAAACUAAAUUAAUGUAUUAUGCUUAAGGAACAACUGAAAUAGUGCUUUAAGCAUAAUGUAUUAUUAUACUUUAUGUAGUUAAGUAUAAAGUUAUAAAUGUUUGGUGGGCUUUAGGGCAGUAGAAGCACACGCAGAAGCUAUAGCACAAGCAGUAGCACUUCAACUUAAUCAAAAACGAGUUACAGACAACGGUGUAUGACGUGUCAGGUUAUCAUUGGUUGAGAGAAACAGAUUGGCGGGAUGAAGUGGUUGCAGCGUCAAUGGAUGCUAUAAAGAAAUUUAGGGUUUUUAAGGGCUCAUGAGCCACCGUGUUGCGAUUCUCUCUUCUCAUUUCUCAUCCGUCUCCGCCGUCAUGGCUUCCGAGAAAGAGGCUGCUCUCGCCGCCACUCCUUCCGAUUCUCCGACCAUAUUUGACAAGAUCAUCAGCAAAGAAAUUCCAUCCACUGUGGUUUAUGAGGAUGACAAGGUCUUAGCUUUUAGGGACAUAACGCCUCAGGGUCCCAUUCACAUCCUCCUCAUUCCAAAAGUAAAGGAUGGCUUAACUGGCCUCUCUAAGGCUGAGGAGAGGCACAUCGAUAUCUUAGGCCGCCUUCUCUACACUGCCAAGCUUGUAGCGAAACAAGAAGGCCUAGAUGACGGUUUCAGAAUUGUUAUCAAUGAUGGUCCACAAGGCUGUCAAUCGGUGUAUCACAUUCAUGUUCAUCUCAUUGGGGGACGCCAAAUGAACUGGCCUCCUGGCUAAAAAUAUCAUCUACAAGUGAUUGUUGUCGUGGUCAUAACAGGGACGGUCAUAGUUUGCUAUCGUCUUCUUCUGUCUUUAUAAAUAAAAAGCUUGGGACAUAACUUUAUGAUUGUUAUGCAAAACCUUGUUUUAUAUUAUGAAGAUUGACUUUUUUUCUUGGAUC